AUGGCGUCGAUAUUUGGGGGGAUCCUGAAUUGGCUGAGAGGGCUGUUCUUUGCAAAGCACCUCGAGGUGACAAUAGUGGGACUACAGGCAAGCGGAAAGACCUCCCUCGUCAAUGUGCUCGGAUCGAACCAGUGGUCUGAGGAUGUCGUUCCUACCGUAGCGUUCAAUCUCCGUCAAGUGCGGAAAGGAAACGUGACCAUGAAAGUGUGGGAUGUAGCUGGCCAACCAAAGUUCAGAGGCAUGUGGGAUAGAUACUGCCGAGGUGCAGAUGCCAUAGUAUACGUGGUAGACGCCGCAGAUACCAAAAACCUCCCUACAGCCACGUCAGAGCUCCACGCUCUCCUUGCCCUCCCCGCACUAUCCUCCGUCCCCCUCCUCGUUCUCGCAAACAAGAAUGACCUCCCUGGCGCUGUCGGCGUAGAUGACUUGAUCAGAGAGAUGCGGCUAGGCGAGAUCGCAGGACGGGUCGUAUCGUGCUACUCGACAAGCAACAAGACGAAACAUAAUCUGGAUAUCGUGCUCGCAUGGUUGAUGCAGCGCUCGCACUAG